AGUAUUAUUACGUAGUUUGUUUGAUGAUCCACACUAUCUUAAUAUAAUAUGAACCAUUAAAUAAGAAACUUUAAUUGUGAAGUGACUGUGAUACUGUGUGUUCGUAUUUUUAUAGACUCGUGUGAAAGAUAAUAAGAAAAUAAUUAUUUUAUUUAUGUGCGUUUUAUGUGACAAUAUAAAAAAUGAAGGACAGUGAACGUAGUGAAAAUUCUAGUAAAGAAUCGCAGAAUGGCAACCAAAGCUCAGAAUCCAAAGACGAAAAAGACCCAAUGGAGAUCCUCGAAGAAGCCCUCGAUGCCUGCAAGUUUGGACGCUUCCACGUCAGGCUUCUCUUCAUCACUUUAGCAGCGCAAUGUGCCACCACCAUGGUGACCACCACUACGUCGUAUAUUAUGCCAAAUGCGGAGUGCGAUCUGCAUAUGAACAUCAUGCAAAAGGGACUGGCGAAUUCUAUGCCGUUUUUCGGUCAAGUUGGUGCAGCUCUAUUUACAGGGUUCCUCAUAGACGCUUUCGGGAGGAAAAUAUUUUUAGUUAGUGGAUUAUUGGGCAUUUUCGUAUGCUCAAUAAUUGAAGGUUCUAGUCAAAACUUAUGGAUGUUGAUAUUUGGAAAGCUGAUGGAGGGAAUAUUCUCAAGCUUCUGCUUCACCACGCCUGCAGUGAUGGUGUCAGAAAUGGUCCACAGAGGCGUGAGAGACCGGGUGUUGCUGUUGAAUGCGUCAUUUAUGUCACUGUCAUUGAUUCUGACAGCGCUUAUGUCAUGGGCCAUAUUGCCACAUAAGUGGGACUUUGUGCUGAUUGAGGGGUACUUUGUUCUACAUUCCUGGAACUUCUACCUAUACAUCUGCUCAAUAUGGAGUCUUAUAGCGGGUGUUUCAUACUACUUCUUGCCAGAAAGUCCUAAGUUCCUACUAUCUCAUGGACAAGAAAAUGAAGCUUUGGAUGUAUUGAAAGAUAUUUACUGCACCAACACUGGGAAGGAUAGAGAUUCAUUCCCUAUAACAUCUCUGAGUGCAAGUGGCACGUUUACCCCAACUACCAAAGAUACGAUGAAGAAACAACUGACGAACGCCUUGUUCGAAGUCAAGAACCUCUUCAGGAUGCCGCUAGUGGGCCGACUGUUUUUGUUCUCCGUGAUGACGUUCGUUUGUUUGCUCGCGUACAGCUCUCUUCGAUUAUGGUACCCUCAAAUAUCAACCAUAGUGGAAAACUACCAAAAAGAACACAACCAGACCGACUGGUUUUGUGAAAUGAUAACAGAUUAUACCGAUUCCUUACACAAGAAGGAGAUUUACAUGAAGAAUGCUUCGUAUUUGGAAACCAAUCUCACUGUUAAUAAGACUGAAAUUUGUGUGCCGCAAGUCAGCGGUCCAGAAACCUACACGAACGGCAUGAUCCUCGGCUUCAUGUCUCUCCUCGGGAUCUGUAUAAGCACGUACGCGGUCGGGAUAUUCGGUCACAAGCCCCUGAUGUUCGCUCUGCUUCUCUUCUGUGCUGCGUGUUCCGGCUCCCUCUACUGGACGAAUACGCUGAUUCUGAUAGCUUUGCUCAUAUCAGCGACAUGCGGGUUCAUGCAGACUGCCCUGAGUUUACAGCAGAACUUGCUGGUCAGAGUCUUUCCAACGACUUUGAGGUCCCUCUCCAUAUCAAUAAUAGUGAUGGUGGGCAGAAUGGGCUCCCUGCUCGGCAGUGUUUUGUUUCCUGUGAUGUUGACAGCAGGGUGUAUGGUGCCGUUUCUAGCGCUUUCCAUUUUGACAUUUUGUGUUGCAGGUCUUGUGUUCCUUCUACCCAGUCCCAGCGCGAGCAGCGGUGGCGAUAAAUAAAUUUUAUUAUAGCGUA